GUUCACUUUGGGAGUUGGGAUCUAUAUAUACGCGCAGCUCACCAAGGCUUCCCCUUCGAGUCUCUCGGCAUAUAAUCAAACACCUUAAUCCAAACUUAUCAUUUUCUGCUUUCGAUUAUAAUAACUUCUUCGCACCGCCAGUCGUAGAUUCUCUAAACCUUUCCGGUUAACGCUCACUCAAGAACACCCCUCCAAGUCCAGAUUUCAUAUCAAGCUCAAACCCCCCUUCUUCAACUCCGAACUCAAUCCAAUUUCGCAUAUGGCACAGAUUCAUGGUAUAUCCUCAGAGAAGUGGAAAUCCCUGUCAUCGGCUGUGGGUGAACUGGAAAACAACCUUUGUGGAGGUUUUGACUGUAACAUUUGCCUGGAUCUUGUGCGGGACCCGGUGGUUACCUUCUGCGGGCAUCUCUACUGCUGGCCAUGCAUUUACAAAUGGAUUCAUUCCCAGAAUUGUUGCAACGACGACGGAGACCUCCAAAACCCACUGUGCCCUAUAUGCAAGUCUGAAGUUUCAGAGAAGACUUUGAUUCCCAUCUAUGGCCGUGGCAUCACAUCAAAACCAGGAAAAGCCCCCAAUCCUGGAAUCGUCAUACCCCAAAGGCCUCCUCCAAGCCCAAGACACGAUGAUGAUGGGAGUCGUGCGGUGGUGAGCAAUCUGCGGGAUCUCCAGCGUCCAUCGCACCAGUCUUAUCCAGAAAGCUAUGCCGCCACCCCAGCUACACUUAACCUGAGUGGUGGUGGUGGCAUGAUAACCAAUGUACUAAGUCAUCCGAUGAUCGGGAUGAUUGGGGAAUUUGUUUAUUCGGGGAUGUUCAGGAACCCUGAAACAGAUUUGUUUGGAUACCCAAACUCCUACCAUGUAACCGCAGACGGAGUAACUACUCCGAGAAUGAGAAGGCAAAUGCUGGAGGCUGAUAGGUCACUGGGGAGAAGGUGUUUUUUCCUUUUUUGCUGUGUGGUAAUAUGUCUUCUCUUGUUUUGAUCACUUUGUUAUUGUUAUCAAUAUAUAUAUGAUGGAUAUCUGUAAAAAAAAUCUCUAGCCCUUAGUGAAUGGUGGAUACAAAGCCUUAAUUUGGUUCGUUGAGAAGUUAAAGAAGAGGGUAUACUCCUAAUUUUAGAAUGCUGAUGAAGAAGGCCUCUUUGGGUUUCAUCUCUUGUGCACUUCACUUUGUUUGGUUCUUUAUCAUCAAAGUGCAAUUGUAAUUUUAGAGAGAGAGAGAUUGUGUGCUAGACUCCAUAAUUGUAAUUGGUUUCUUCUUUUUCUAUUUUAACUCUUUUACUGUGUUAAACGAACUCAUCUGGAGAUGCAAAUGUGGCUUCUGGAAGAUUAGAAUUUAGCUUUCCUUGUUUUGUUUUCUCUUACGUUGAAGUGACAUUGAACUAUUGAAGUAUAGAUCAACGGAAGAAUACUUAAAUUCGUAUUCGUUGGAUUAAUAAAAUAUAGAGAAAAUUGCUCAAAUUAAGAUUAAAACAUCAUAUUCUUUCAAAAAUAGGACCAUGUACUUGGAGUUUGCAAUUUUUGGGUGUUUGUCACUAGAGAGCAAAGAUGAUAA